GCGCGCGAGGGGGGCCGGUGGCGCCUUGUCGCGGGGCGGUGACGUCAGCGGCUUUCGCGGGAAAGAUUCGAAAAGCCAGACUUACGCCUGGGCCAGGACAAAAUGAGUACGUGCUCUAACAGUUAUUGAAGAUUUACUGGCCCCAGGUGGAUUUAUUUCCAGCAUAAACAAUGGCAAGUCAAGAAUUUAUUGUACUAUAUACUCAUCAGAAGACAAAGAAAUCAAAAGUGUGGCAAGAUGGAAUACUGAAGAUCAGUUUCUCAGGAAAUAAAGCAACUUUAUAUGAUGACAAAGGACAGUGCUUGGAGAGUUUAUUUCUUAAACAGUCUGAGGUGAAACCUGGAGACGAUUUAGAAAGUGAUCGAUAUUUAAUCACAGUGGAAGAUGUAAAAAUUGCUGAAAACAUUCCUAGCAAUUUAGAGAUUAGAACUGAAGUGCCCAAAUUAAGCGUGCAAGGAUUGAAGCCUUCUAACAAGCCAAAGCCAUGUCCACCCACUGGUUUAAAAAGAAAGUUUACUGGAUUCCAAGGACCACGUCAAGUACCAAAGAAGAUUGCAACCCUAGAAAAUAGUGAAUCGGCUGCUUCGCUUUUAUCUAAGGAGUCUUGUCCUACUUUUUCUUCUCUGUUCUUCUGCACACCUCCAUUGUUUUCUACUGCUGGAAAGAAAAACAGAGACACUGUUAGGCCAUCUGACUGUAAUAGUGUCGUUGAUUAUAAGAAUAGCGACACCAAUGAUAUGUCCAUCUCCUCACUUCUUUCACCUACAUCCAUCACUUCUAACCAGAAGGGAUUCUGCGAUGAAGAUGAUUAUUCUUUUCUCAAUUCUGUAACUAGGAAAUCAGAUUGUUCAUUGGAUCCUGAGUACAUGAAAGAAAAUUGUCUAACAACCAGAGGCUCAGCCACUUCACAAAACGUCAGGAGCAAAGAACAGAUUUUAGCGCUUUUAAAGUCCAAAUCAACUGCUGCUUUGGAAGUUGUAGAAUGUUUUUCUCCUGGACAGUUAACAGAAGAAAUAAAAGGCCCCCUGAAACCACAAUGCAUAAUAGAAAGGGAAGAAGAGAUCAUGGAAAUGAAUAACACAAAAAAUAUAUCUCACCAGGGUCACUUAGAAAAUAGUGUAAGAAAAAGUAGCCGAUGGGAUAUUUAUUUACCAAAGAGUUUAUCUGCAAGUUCUUCUGAUGUCAGCAAUACUGAAGGUAAAUCAAAGGACCAGGAUGACAAUUUGGAUUUGGAUUUGAAAGGUCCUUUUGAACAAAAGGAGAUGUGUAUCUUUGCAACUGGUUCUGAAAAAAAGGUUGUAUGUAAGACAGACGGUCAAAUAGACAAUGAUGACCAAACCACGUGUGAUCAGAAAAUAAAUUUUCAAGUAUCUUCAUCCUGUCAAAGUGAGCUGGGAACAAACUUACCAAUUGUCUGUAGCAAUAAUGAACACCAUUACUUAUUAUCAAAAUCCAAGAGUGAAAUGCUGUUCAACAAUGAUUAUCCAAAAUGCAUCAAAGGAUCUGUUUUCUCUAGAGGAAAUGUACAGGAACAAAGCAAAACUGGAGGGCCAGAAAGGGAGAGCCACCUAAAGCUUUCUUCUCAGCCAGAAUGGGAAUAUCCACAGCUGCAAAGAGAUUCUUCUUGCUUAAGUAAUAAUUUGGCCAUAUCUGAUAAUUUGGCCACAUUUGUUUCUAAAAGUAGAGCUGAAAAUGAAAAUAUUAAAACUAAUACAGAUUUGAAUAGUACACCAGAAACAUUUUUGGAGGUGACUUUCAAUCUGGACAAUUUUGAUAUCAGUGACACUGAGGAAGAUUCACAAAACAGCGACAUCUUUCCCCUGGGUUCUGAGCAUUCUGUAAAGAAACUUUCAUCUGAGGACAGAGUGUUUGCUGAAGGGACAUUCGAGGAUAGGGACAGCAGUCAAGAAGAUGACAAAGAACAUUUGUCCCAUUUGAUAACAGUUAAUUCUAGUCCUCCAGCAAAAUUGCCCAGUAAGAAAACUCUCUCUUCACAGAUUUGUACUGAAACUUCAAUAGAUUUUGACAGAAUUGGAAAGGGUAACGAAGCAUCGUUUCUGUUUAACCCGAAUCUUCCUGAAGUUGAAAAUGUUGAAGAAGAAAUGACAGUGGAUACAUCGAAUUUUGAAACAUUAAGCAGAGGAACCAAAUGGGAUUCAUCCUCAGAGCAGACCGAUGUUGUAUUAACAUAUGGUAAUGGCCACUGUGAUGGAUCUGUUCCUCCAACCGUUACUGAUUAUGAUCAUGUGCCCUCUCAAACCAAGAAACAGUUUACAGAAGCGUGCUAUUCAUCAGAUACACCAGAGCCCCUUAAUCUGUAUCAAGAUUCUACUCGACAGGUGCUACAAGAAAACCAAGAUGAAAUUUUGGCUGUACGUAAUGAAUCAUUUGAAUCAUUGCAGUCUUCUUUGAAAGAUGAAGAAGAGAAUGCUUUUGUAGCUCUCAUACCUAAGGAAAAAAAGAGGAAGUCCUGUAAACCUAAGCCCUCAGAUGGAGAAAAUUUUUUGGAAGAAGAUCUGACCUUCAGGGGAGAGGAUGAUUUUCAAAUGACAACUGACUUUAUUAAGGACACAAAUGAAAAUGAUAGUUCAGUUUUGGAUUUCUCUUUUACAGAUUCUGACAAUACUGUGUCAUCUUAUUCUUUGGACGAUAAUUUGAAGUUAUCAGAAUGGUCCUCAUGGAAAAGAAACAAGAUGAUGUCACCAGUGCAAAAGAUCUCAACACUGAGCCCUGAUUCAACCUUUCCUUUGAGCCCAAGAGAUGAAGACAUUAUGAUAAAGUUACCUGAGGAGUCUCUGAAAGCAAGAACCUCAUCUGGAGUAGAAAAGUUCAAUUGGUCAGAAAAAGUCAAUGUCCAAAGACGUCACAGAGCUCGGAUACCACUUAUUACACUGCCACCUGUUAAAGUGCACCCUCUCUCAGAAAACUGCUCACAUAGGAUGGACUCUGAGGUCCAAAAGUCCUUUGGUAGCCCCAUCCUUGACCCCUCAUAUGAGGAGUCAGCAGGUUCUCCUGUCAGCUCCUUUGGCCCUGAAGACAGGAAUAGGGAAACCUCUGUUUCUCAGAAGUCUGGGGAAGAGACGCCUAUAAGGCUUUCAUUCUCAUCUCUGGUGCCUCCUCUAAGCAAACGAAGCAGGUGGCUGAAAUACCAAAACACACCCCAAGGUGACUCAAUUACUCUACAUAGAAGUGAUGUAAAAGUGAAUGAAAACUUCUGUGCUGCCUUUGCCCCUGGAGUGCACCUUGAUGGGGCAGAGGGUUAUCAGAAUGGGGCUGCCAAGAAAAGCCCUAAAGACUCUGUGUAUUUGGAGAUGAUAAAAGGCAAGCUUCAUGAACAGCAAGCAGAUUUCUACUGCCAGGAAUCAGUUUUCAGAAAGAAAACACCAUUUCAGAAUUUUGAGCAAACUUCCCAGACUGAGGAAAUACAAAAGAUGUUAAGUCAGAUGGCCCACAAUGGCCUCAGUGUAACAGGAAGUACCCAGAUUAAUGCCAGUGCAUUGUCAUUUCCCAGUGGGCAAAUAUCAAAAUGUGCCUGCAUUCCCAAAAGACAGAUUCACAUACCUGCUAUUUUUCAGUCACCUGCUCAGUAUAAACAGGUCUUCACAACCUCUCUGAUUGAACACUUGAACAUAUUGCUGUUUGAGGUGUCUAAAAGGCUGCACCAAGCUCUUUCGAAAGUUGACAUAUCUUUUUAUACAUCAAUGAAAGCAGAGAAAAAGAAAAACACAGGAAACAGCAUACCAACCUGUCAUCACCAACAGCCUACAAAGCUGGUCAUGGUUAAAAAGGAUGGCCCAAAUAAGGGUCGUCUCUUUUAUACUUGUGAUGCACCAAAAGCCAACCAAUGUAAAUUUUUCAAGUGGCUUGAAGAAGUAACCCCAGUUAAUUUGGCACAGGCAGAAUCUGUACCCAGCACAGUUUUACAUGAUAUAAAGAGUACUGGAAUAUAUUUAAGAUGUCAAAAUAUACCCCUCUAUGAGGAGUGUCAGCUUCUGGUGAGGAAAGGAUUUGAUUUUCAGAAUAAACAGUAUGGCAAAUCAAAGAGAUUUGCUCAUGUAAAUCCCGAAUUUCACAAUGAAUCUAAAAGCAAACUUUAUCUUAAACUGAGUAGGAGAGAAAGUUCUUCUUCCUAUGGCAAAGAUGAUCUCUGGGUAAUUUCAAAAACCCUAGACUUUGAGCUGGAUACUUUCAUUGCUUGUAGUGCCUUUUUUGGACCAUCAUCAUACAAUGAGGUGGAGCUCUUGCCUCUGAAAGGCUAUUUCCCUUCAAAUUGGCCAUCUGACACUGUGGUUCAUGCUUUACUGAUUUGUAAUGCUAGUACAGAACUGACAACAUUGAGAAACUUGCAAGAGUACUUCAAUCCAACCACUCUACCUAUAUUACAGCACCUGUUAACAACGUCUUACCAAACUGAACACAGCAAUAACAGAAUCAGUAAAAGAAAGUUUAUUCCACCAGCCCUCAACAGGAGUACUAACAAGAACUGUGAACCACUCAGCCCAGAAGGAGCACUGCAACUAGCUAAUGAGAUGAUUCAGAUAUAUAAAUUAAACAUGGAUCAGGCCACAGCUCUUAUUCAGAUAGCACAGAUGAUGGCAUCACAAGAAAAUGUCAGUGACCUACCAGAGCAGCAUACCAUUCCUAUCACAAUCAUACAUGGUGUUUUUGGAGCAGGGAAGAGUUACUUACUGGCAGUGGUGAUCUUAUUCCUUGUGCAACUCUUUGAAAAGAGUCCCGCUCCUACAGGUGUAGAGGCAAGGCCAUGGAAAAUUCUGAUUUCUUCUUCCACCAAUGUUGCUGUGGACAGAGUGCUUCUUGGGCUACUCAGUCUUGGAUUUGAAAAAUUUAUCAGAGUUGGGAGCAUUAGAAAGAUUUCCAAGCCAAUUCUACCUUACAGUUUGCAUGCUGGCUUAGGAAAUGAAAGUGAGCAGUUAAAGGAGCUGCAUGCACUGAUGAAAGAAGACCUGACACCUGUAGAAAAAAUAUAUGUGAGAAAAAGUAUCGAACAACAUAAAUUGGGCACCAAUAGAGCUCUGCUAAAACAGGUGCAAGUAGUUGGGAUAACCUGUGCAGCCUGCCCAUUCCCAUGCAUGAAUAAUCUUAAAUUUCCUAUAGUUGUGUUGGAUGAGUGCAGUCAGAUGACAGAACCUGCUUCACUCUUGCCCAUUGCAAGGUUUGAUUGUGAAAAACUAGUUCUUGUUGGAGACCCCAAACAGCUACCUCCUACUAUUCAAGGUUCUGAAAGUGCUCAUGAUAGUGGGUUGGAACAGACUCUCUUUGACCGGCUUUGCUUAAUGGGUCACAAAGCGAUUCUACUGAGAACUCAAUACCGUUGUCACCCUGCUAUUAGUGCUAUAGCAAAUGACCUCUUCUAUGAAGGACAUUUAAUAAAUGGCAUUUCAGAAGUAGAGAGGAGCCCUUUAUUGGAAUGGUUGCCAACCCUGUGUUUCUAUAAUGUCAAAGGAAUUGAACAGAUUGAAAAAGCUAACAGCUUCCAUAAUGUGGCAGAAGCUGCUUUUACACUCAAGCUUAUUCAAUCACUGAUUGCAAGCGGAAUAGAAGGAUCCAUGAUUGGGGUGAUAACAUUAUACAAAUCACAGAUGUACAAGCUUUGCACUCUGUUGAGCACCGUGCACUGUGACCACGCUACCCUCAAGGCUGUGCAGGUGUCCACCGUCGAUGCCUUUCAGGGCGCAGAGAAGGAGAUCGUCAUCCUGUCCUGUGUGAGAACAAAACACGUCGGAUUCAUUGACUCAGAAAAGAGAAUGAACGUUGCCCUGACAAGAGGGAAGAGGCACUUGUUGAUUGUGGGGAAUCUGGACUGUCUGAAGAAGAACAGACUGUGGGGGCGGGUGAUUCAACACUGUGAAGGAAGAGAGAAUGGGUUACAGCAUUCAAGUCAGUGUGAGCCAAACCUGAACCUCCUUCUUAAAAGUUAUUUGGAGAAAAAGGCAGAAGAAAAAGAAAAAUCUCAAAAAGAGAACUCUAAAAACAAAUCUCUUUCACAAAAAGACACGCUAUAGCCUGCUAUUUAUGUAAAUUAAAAGGUAUUUGAUAACAAUUUCUUUAUUAUUAGAAAAUUUUGGAUACAGGAAAUAUACUCUACUCUCCUUAUUUUUUCCCCGCACUGCUUAUAAUGGUACCUUUAGAUGAGAGGCAAAUGUAAAUAAAUACAUGUUGUAAAUAAACACACAAUGUUAAAUAAACCCAUCAACAGUGGUUUCACCUAAAGACAUUCAGAUUAGUUACCAUCAGGUAAGUGUGGUGCUGUAGAAUGGUAUAUGAAAUGUCAUAAUCCAUUAACUUUGAGGUUUUGUGUUUUUUAAACCAUGUGGUCUGUAUACUAAAGAAAAGAAAAUGUCAGUGGGGAAGUGGCAUAUACCAGGAUUACAUAGCUUCUGAAGUAAUUGCUUCCAAAGUCUGUGUCCUCAAACUCCACCUAGCAUAUUGAGGCUUCUUCAUGGUUCUUUCAAGAUUGAUUUUUGGGGUCCUCAUCAAAGUCUUUCACAGUACUUCCCCAUGUUUAGCCUAUGGGAAGUUGUUACAAACCUGGUAUUUCAGGAGAUAAGUUAUAUGGUAAUAUGGGUAACAUGGCCUAGUAUUUCUCAAUACUAAUUGACAGUUCUGUGCCUUAUAAAUAAUUCCAAAGAGUAUUCUUUUUGUUUUUGUGUUUUUGCUGAUUUUGUUGUUGAUUCAUUUAAGUCGUGUCCCAUUUGGGAUUUUCUUGCCAAAGAUACAGGAGUGGUUUGCCAUUGUCU